AUGUCUAACGCAUUUAUAAGAUUCAGCCGAUCCAAGAUUCCGCGCCUUUGGAAGCCAACCUUUCUUGUAGGUCCAAAGCAAAUUACGUGGACGAGAAUGAUUAAGGAUGAUUAUCUUCCGAUCUUUCAUGAUCAAUCAAGGCAUGCACACAUGCUUUCUAGGCAUGGAAUGGAAUUGUGUUGA